AUGCAUGAAUUUCCAGCCAAAAAGUUGAACGCCCCUAAAAUUCCAAAUUUUUCUCGAAAUUUUGACUCACUUUUUACGGAUUUUUCUGACAACCCCAACCAUCCACACCACCCCCAACCAUCCACACCACCCCCAAACUCAACCAAUUCCAUCCACCAAACCCAACACCAUCAACCAAAUUUAACCGUAAGCACAUUAAAAACACCACACACCACUACCCGACAAACUUCACUAACACAAGCCACCUCAAAUACCAAAGUACAACCAAACUACACCCCACAACCCACUCAACAUAGAUCACCCAUAAACAAACACAAACAUUAA